AUGGCCUCUCGAACUGUAGCUGGCGAUUAUACUUUGCACAAGUUUCGGCUUCCAGUUGUCACCCAGCCACUUCACAAUAGCAUUCCCCCAGAGCUGCUCCCUCGGUAUGACCCAGUUUAUGUCGCAUACUAUAAUGCAUUCAAUGCCGGGCGACUGCACACACACGAAGUCCCGAUCGAAGAGUUCCGUAAAAACUCUGCCCGUUAUACCAUUUCCUAUGGCCGAGCUCCCGGCCCUGAUAUUUUCCCACCCCAGCUUGAAAACCAGGGCCAGCCAAAGAGGAGAGCAGCCUAUGUCAACUUUCAUGGUGGUGGGUGGGUGUUUGGUGGACUAGCCUACGACCACGAUUUCUGCAAGCGAGUUGUCCAUGGUCUUGAUGGGGACCUGGUCGCAUUUGAUGUGGAUUACCGACUGGCCCCAGAGCAUAAGUAUCCUAUUCCUGUGAAUGAUUGUUGGGCUGCUUUCAAUUGGAUUCGCUCCCACAAAGCGACCGAGUUCAAUCUAGACCCAGAUAGGUUCGCAGUGGGCGGCGCGUCAGCUGGCGGCCAGCUUUCAGCUGUCAUCAGCCAUCUCUGCCGUGAUGCAAACAUACCUCUGCGUUUGCAAAUCUUAACCGUGCCAGUGACAGACUUACACAGUGUUUUCACUCCCGAGGGCGAGUUUGACCGCGAAGGUUGUCCAUACGAAUCAUACCGGGAGAUGGAGUUUGCGCCAGCGCUACCGGCGGCGCGCAUGGCAUAUUUCCACCGACAAUUUCUAGGGGUUCCUCGACCGGCGGAGUCGGACGAGGAUUGGAAGAUAUCGCCUAUUCUAGCAUCAAACUUCCAGAACUUGGCCCCUGCGUUGGUAUCUACGGCGGAAUUGGAUCCGCUGCGUGAUGAAGGGGAGGCAUAUGCCGCUAAGCUUCAAGCUGCUGGGGUAUCUGUAGAGGUAGACCGAAUUGUAGGUGCUCCGCAUUUGGUCGCUGGACUCGAUGGAAUUCUGGAGGGAGGUCGGCGAUAUAACGAAAAGGUGAUUGCGACAAUGAAGCGGCAGCUUCAAGGGAUGAGAGUUCAACCCGUAAACAAAUAUAUACUAUAG